ACAUGGUUAAUGGGACCAACGUUCUCCGUUCUGAAAACAUCCUUUAUGUUAUUGGAAAGCUCGGGAAUUCUGUUUCUACAGUCGGGAAAAAAAUAGUAUCUGAUUUUGCUAAAAAGCAUAACAUGUCUGAUGAAAACCGGAAGUACUUGGACAUUUCAGAAAAGAUUGCAUUUUCUACAAACGCUGUGUAUUUUAUUGAUGGAUGGUUUGGAUUAUGGAAUGAUAAUCCUUGUGAAAAAGAUCUCGUUUUGGACAAUUUUAGUUCUAUCAUUGAGGCAGCUAAGGAUAAGGAGAGAAAUAUAAAGUUUGUUAUUGGGCUCCGCACUGAUUAUUUUGAAUCCUAUAAAAAGGAUUUAGAGGGGAUUGGAAUUUCUUUCCCUGAAAGACAGAAAAUAUUACGUGAUUCCUAUUCAAAGCAUAAAGACACUCGAGUGGAAAUGCAUUUAAAGAAAAUGACACGGAAAUGCACUACUGAUAGAUGCCGGUGUAAAUCGCUAUGUUUACAAGAUAUAAAGUCCAUCGACGUAAUUGGAGCUUUGUCUGUACCAGAUGAUAUUAGAACUUUAUGUCCCCGGGACAUUGCUCUAGACCCACAGUAUGUCUGGAUACAUGGCUCCUCGUGCCUGCAGAUCUCACUUGACAAACAUGACUGGCCGCAUGCGCGAGAGCGAUGUCAGCGCCAUGGCGGAGACCUGGUGCAGAUCCGCAAUGCAGACAUGCAGGGUUCCAUUAUAGAGAAGAUCAGACAGGUCCAUCACCACAUCAAGGAGGGGUUCUGGAUUGGGGCUUCCGAUCAACAUCACGAGGGUCGGUGGGAGUGGGUGUCAGGUGACAAGACAAUGACGUAUGAUAAUUGGAGUCCUCAUCAGGGACCGCACCAGACUGGAUUUCUGCUGAUCUCGGGGGGAGGGACAGAAGACUGUGGACUACUCAAGAUCUCCGAUCAUUAUAUGUGGCACGACUACCCCUGUCACAGUGGAAUAGCCUUCUUCUAUCCGUACAUUUGUCAAUUUGAUAUACCACAUUCAACAAAAACACCAGAAACAACACCAACUCCAAAAGCAUCGACAGUAGCGACAACAAAAUUAACAACACAAUCAACAACAAAACCAAGGGCAAAAACAACUGUUACAACUGAACCAACAUCAUCAUCGACAACACUGUCUACAAGUUAUACAAAGUCAAUAACAAACCAUGUAUCGCCAACAGUAAUGACAUCACGAUCUUCAACAUCAACCAAGUCUACACUUCUCUCUUUACUAAGGUCAAAAUCCCCCAUGGCCGAGAAAACAAAUGGAAUAACUUUGUUCCUAAACAAAAAUACAUCUUCUGAUGAAAAUCCUAAUAAACCCACGACAGAGGAAUCGGAGGUAGUUUUCACUGAGCAAGGUCAAAGUACACCAAUAACCACAACAACAAAGAGUAUACCAGAGGGCAUGAUCAUUAUAGGAUAAAGAGAUCAAAAACAUU